UCUUCACUUGGGCGUUGGACUCCGCAUCUUAUUAGCAACAAGGGAAAUUUCUCCAUUUUGCAGCCUGUCUACAGCGACACGGCCACCGAGCUGGGAUUUUAUUACUUCUCCUUCACCUGUCAGCUUUUUUACUGCUAUUUUUGAAAAACCCCUCGUCGCUUUAAACUGGACUUUUGCUUUCCAUUUUUUCCCCUGUGAACUUUUUUUCUUUGUGCACAGAGAGAGAGAGAGAGACAGCAGCGAAGAGCUUUGCGUUUCAACAAAGAGGGCUUGUGGGUCUUUGUUCGGUUUUUUUUUUUGGAUCGGUUGAGUUUCUUUGUUGGAGCGAAAAAAAAGCAUGGGAGCGCAAUUGUCCAAGACACCUGGAAAGGCUGAAAUCGCGGUGGAAAAACACGGAGAGGUUGGUGCUUCACCCACCAAGACCAACGGACAGGAAAACGGCCAUGUUAAAGUGAACGGGGAUGCCUCUCCCGCGGCGGCCGAGAACGGCAAAGAGGAGGUGCAGGCCAACGGCAGCGCCGGGGCCGAGGAGAGCCCCAAGGAGGAGGAGGCCAACAACAAGGAGGAGGAGGCCGCUGCCCCCGCUGAGAAGGAUGCAGUGGAUGGGGUAGAGAAGGUAGAGGCAGCAUCCCCUGCUCCCGCUGAGGGAGAGGCGGCAGCGAAGACGGAGGACGGCGCCACGCCUUCCACCAGCAACGAGACCCCCAAGAAGAAGAAGAAGAGGUUCUCCUUCAAGAAGUCCUUCAAGCUCAGCGGCUUUUCUUUCAAGAAGACCAAAAAGGAGACAGGGGAAGGAGCGGAGAGCGAGGAGGCGGCUGUAGCGGCGGCGGCAGCAUCCACGGAGGAGGCCAAAGCCGAGGGCACAGAGGAGGCAGCGGCCGCUGGCGAGGAGGCCAAGCCCGCUGAGGGGGAGGCUGCACCUGCCGCCGAGGCUGCCAAGGAGGAGGUAGAGGCCAAGCCAGAGGUGGCAGCAGCAGCAGCACCAGCAGAGAAACCUGCCGAGGAGGCCAAGGAGGCCGCGCCCGUAGAGGAGCCAAAGGCGGAGGAGAAGCCGGCGGAGGAGGCGCCCAAAACAGAGGAGGUCGCCCCGGCCGCGCAGGAAGCAGCGUCAGCGGAGGCUCCGGCCGCAGCAGCCGCCGAGGCCGCCGAAUAAGUUGGGAAAAGAGGAGAGAAAUAAAAAAAAAAAAAAAGAAGAUAAUCAAAGAACAUUUCCCUGUUUGUAUGUUGGAGUGACGCCAGGUCCUGGCUUUGAAGAACUUGUCUACAACCAGGGAUAUUUUAAAGCUUUUCUUUAUUUUUUAUUUUUGGUUUCCAUUCCCCCCUCCGCCCCCUUACACAAAACCCAUCUCGGUCCAUUGUUACUUCCAUUCCAGCGGGCUAGGGAGGUGGGUGGCUUCAAUAUGUACAACAGAUUAAAUACAUCCACACUCUGCCAUAUAUUUUUUCAUCAGUAUUAUUUUUUUUUUUUCCUUUUGAAUUUUUUUUUUAUACAAAAUGUAAACAAAAUGGUAUGGACAUGCCCAUGGUAUGAAGGAGACGGGGGGUAGAGCUGUAAAUGAAGGGGGGUGGGGGGGUUAUGGGAGGAGUUGGGUGGGGGGCUGGACGUGCCACAGACUAUUAUGAAAUGAGUAGUCUUAAAAAAACAAACUAUGAGACCAACAUCUAUAUCCACCAUACGGUUGACAACACUACGUCAUUUAUACGAUACGACGACAAGAGAAUCCCAGAGUUAGGUUUGUAGGAAGUCAUAUAGGAGCUUUUCACUUCUCAUUAGCUGUACCAGUCAGUGAUUCAGUAGAAAUACAAGUUGUAUAGGCUUUAUUGUUUAUUGUUGGUUUUAUGACCUUAAUAAAAAUGUAAGUAUGUAUAGGCGGGGUGUUUUUAACUGUGAUUAUUGUACAAAAUGAAAUCUCGAUCAAGAAGCACAUGAAGUUUGCAGCUCUUUUUUCCACCCGCUCAUUUUUGUAAAAUAACAACAACACACACACACACGAAAAAAAGAAAGAAAGAGAAAAGUCAUCCCGGAAGACCUUCUUAAGCAAUUUUGAACUCCAAACCAAGCUGUGAUAAGUGGAAUGGUUAACUGUUUAUAUACUGUGGUAUGUUUUUUGAUUACAGCAGGCGAUGCUUUUUCAGUGGUCUUUGACAAAAAUUUAAGGAAUCUAUCAGAUGCAAAUGUUUGUGUAGCAUCUUGUCUUUCUCUCUCUCUCUCAUUCUCUCUCUCUCUCUCUCUUUUUCCUUUUGUAAAUACUGGAGAAGCUUUGACCAGUUUGACUUAGAGAUGGAAUGUAACUUUGCUUACAACAAAAAUUGCUAUUAAACUCCUCUGCUUAAGGUGUUCUAAUUUUCUGUGAGCACACUAAAAGCAAAAAUAAAUGUGAAUAAAAUCUGA